CUUGAGAAUGACUGACAAUAUUUUUGACAGUGACAUCCAGCUGUGUUUUUAAUUUUGCGAAAUUGUGGCUUGUGCCCAUACAGUAUUGGACGUAUCACGAAACAAAAAAUAAAAUAAAUGCGAGUUCUUAAAUUUAAACCAAAAUUAACCAUACGAAAGCUCAUACGGUAUGUUUACUUCAAUUAAUCUAUAAAAGGCCGAGUUGGAAAGGAAACAAUGAAACCUUGGUUGGGUUUGCUGUUUUUAUUUAAGUUUAUCGUGGCUGAACCUACUCCAAUAGUCUUGUGGCAUGGAAUGGGUGACACUUGCUGCUUCGCAUACAGCCUGGGUAUGUUCAAAAUGUUUCUCCAAAAACAGAUACCAGGGGUAUACGUCCAAUCUCUUAGAAUAGGAAAUUCCGCGAUAGAAGAUUUGGAAAAUGGUUACUUCAUGUUCCCUAACAAGCAAGUAGAAUAUGUGUGUGAAGUAUUGGCCAAAGACCCUAAACUUCAGGAUGGAUUCAACGCUAUUGGUUUCUCGCAGGGAAGUCAGUUCUUACGAGCAGUGGUGCAGCGUUGCGGUCACAAAAUUGGUCGGGUAAAGAACCUGAUCACACUGGGAGGUCAACACCAGGGUGUAUACGGACUGCCGCAUUGCUUUGCUCUGCAGCACGAGACUUGCGACUACGUGAGGAAGCUGCUUAACUACGCUGCGUAUUACAGCUGGGUCCAAAAAUCCCUAGUCCAAGCAACGUACUGGCACGAUCCCCUCGACGAUGCCACAUACAAGAAAAGCAGUGAAUUCCUUGCAGACAUUAACAACGAGAGAAAAAUAAACCAGACCUAUGUUCAAAACCUGAACAAAUUGGAGCAUUUUGUUAUGGUGAAGUUUAACAAUGAUAGUAUUGUGCAGCCUAAAGAAACAGAGUGGUUCGGUUUCUACGCGCCCGGACAGGCGAAGAAGCUUAUUAGUUUGCAACAGUCGAAACUUUAUAAAGAGGACCGCCUGGGCUUAAAGAAAAUGGACGAAGACGGAAAACUUAUAUUCCUCUCUCAACCAGGGGAUCAUCUACGUUUUACCGAAGAGUGGUUCAUAGAAAACAUACUAAAACCUUAUUUACUUUGAAUCUAAAUUAUGGCUUUAAUUUACUCGAAUAAGUACUAUUGACUCGAUUACUAGACUUCUAGAUUACUAGACUAGACCUACUAAAAACCAAUCUCAUUAGUCACGUUAACUAAGCCUAUAGUCUAU